CAGCGGCAAGCGCGUCGGGACGGAUGUGGAGCAGCUGUUCUCUCUGCUCUCUACCCCAUCAACCCUCCAGAUCCAUGGCAGUCAAGCACGCAUGAGCUAGAAAGCGGCGGCGGCUUAUCAGCGCUUCGCACAGCCUCUCGCUCUGGCCUACGGGCAUCCAGCGCAAGCCAUGUCAGCGCCGCCUUUCCCCGCGCCAAAAGGCAUGCGCUGGUCUCCCUCACGCAAGCGCUUCUUCCCGCUGAACGCACCUCGCUCGAAGCCUGAGACUGUCGAGGAGCAGACGCAGGUAGCCAAGCCGGAGACACCUACGCGCACAGCUGCGACGGCGGCCUCUGCAUUUGAGCAAGCGAGAGCUGGGCCAAGCUGCUUCGGCACCACUGCUCUGAGAACUGCCAUGCCUCGCAGUGCUGAUCCGCAUCGACUGAUCAAUGGACGAGCGGCCAAUCUGCGUCUUCGAGCCGUGCAUUCCCUUCUCCCUUACUGCACGUAUCAGCGACCCAACAUCACUUGUCUCGCUGUGAGUUUGACUGACCGUCGCGUUCGGCUUCGUACCACUCUCCACUCACUCUCACGCGCGAGGAGUAGUACUCUGAACAAUGGCCCGAUUACAUCUGGCUCGCGACGGAUCAAGGUUCAGCUCGUGGCUACCUGCCUGCUUUGCUGGCCAGCAACGGAACGCUGCGCCGAGAGAUGCGCUUCUCUCCCGCCUGCUCCGCCAUUCUGCGCGACACGCCAGGCCUGUCGAGCAUCUUCUGCUCGGCGUCUUAUCUGUGCUUCUCCUCGCAUCUAGAGACGAUCGGCGCAAAGCUAGACACGGACAG